AUGGGUUUCCUCUCGUCUUUGUCGCAAAUGCUUGGUGUUGGCAGGCGACAAGUGAACGUUAUCGUAGUCGGACUCGAUAAUUCAGGAAAGACCACAAUGCUGAACUAUUUGCGAACGCCGGAGACGAGAACAAGUCAAAUCGCACCAACUGUUGGCUAUUCGGUGACGAAUUUUGUUACCGAAAAUUUCAGUUUCACAGCAUUCGACAUGGCUGGACAAGGGAAAUACCGUAACCUCUGGGAGACGUACUAUGCGACUUCACAGGCGGUGAUCUUCGUUGUGGAUAGUGCGGAUCGAUUACGAAUGGCUGUUGCUAGGGACGAGUUGUGGAUGAUUCUUGAUCAUAAGGAUGUUAGCGGUCGACAGAUCCCCAUACUUGUUCUAGCCAACAAAAUGGACGCUAAGGAUGCAAUGACGUCGGCAGAGAUAUCCACCAGUUUGGGUAGGGAUUUCCCACGUUUCCAGGAUUUGUCAGCACGAAAACUCGUCCAAAAGCAACGAGUGAUCUGGUACGUUGCACUUACAAAUUCUUCCAACUUGGAGCCUUCAUCGCUACUAAUGAUGAUGUCUUCUCUGGUCAAGGCGGAUGGAAGUCAUCUCUGGCCACCGCGAGUGAUUCCACCAUUCUGGUGUUCGCAACACGAAUUGACUGCCGAUAAGCACAACAUGCUGCAUCAGACUCCGUUCGACGCUUUACCUGCGCAAGGAUUCUAUCCGGCACGAUGGCCAGCACCACCCACCACCACGGAUUCGUAUCCGGAACCACCGCGAUGGGCCACCGAACAUGUCUAUCCGAUGUUCCCGUUUGCGCCGACCGAGGCGUACCCUUCCGAUCCAUUCCCGUCCACGUCAAUGGCUGGUCCAACGGAAUACAAAGUGAAUGCGUUCUAUCCUAACACAAUACUUGGAUCCGGUUAUCCGACGGACUAUAACCAGGCAAUACAAUGGAAAAUGCCGUCGAUGAAACCGAUAAAGCCAGUAGCGAAUCCGCCUUAUCGAACAGGACCAGGAACAAAUAAUGUACGUGUACGAACGUCGGACAAAUAUCGAAUGGUGUAUUCGGAUUAUCAACGACUUGAAUUGGAAAAGGAGUUCUGCACAAGUACAUUUGUGACUUCGGAACGUAAAGCUGAGUUGUCUUCGUUGUUGAAUUUGACCGAACGUCAAAUUAAGAUUUGGUUCCAAAAUCGACGUGCUAAGGAUCGCCGUGAUAAGCACAAGAAAUCCUGA